AUGAAAUCAUCCAUCUUCCUCGUCGCCGCUGGCGCCAUUCUGGCCGUGGCCAGCCCCAUCAACGACAAGCGAGUCAUGAAGACGGUUAUCGAGACCGACAUCGUGUACGUUACCGUUACAGCGGGCGAGGAGCCCAAAUCCAUGUUCUUCGCGGGCGCCCAUCGGACUAAGGAGCUGCCCACCACCUCCUCCACAUCGACCACGAGCUCGACUUCGAGCACUCCUCCCCCUCCUCCUCCGGAGACUCCCACCCCGACCCCCGAGCCUGAGCCGACCACUGCUCCGGCUGUUGUCGAGGUACCAGCGCCAGAGCCAACCACCGAGGCUCCUGCCCCGGUCGUUGAGACUCCUACCGUAGUCAACACGCCCGCUUCCACGCCUGUGGUUGAUGCUGAGCCUGCUUCCUCACCCACAGACUUCGCCAGCACCGCUGUCUACCACCACAACCUUCACCGUGUGAACAACUCGGCUCCCGCAGUCAGCUGGGGUGAAUCGUAUGCUAGUUACGCUGCCCAGACCGCCAAGUCCUGCAAGUUUGCACACGACCUGACCCCUGGUGGCGGCGGCUACGGCCAGAACAUUGCCAUGUGGGCUACUUCAGGUGACGCCGAGUCUGUAGGUGCCUCGAAGGCUAUCGCGCAAGCCAUUACCAACAUGUGGUACAACGGCGAGCUUGAUCUUUUCCCUUCAAGCGAUUAUGGCUUGGACAACCCAGACUUCAGCAACUUUGAGUCAUUCGGCCAUUACACUCAAGUCGUCUGGGCUGGCUCAAAGCAGGUCGGCUGUGAUGCGCAUUACUGCGCCCCUGGCACCAUGGUUCAAGGGAUGGGUGCCUGGUUCAGUGUUUGCAACUACUACCCUGCCGGCAACAUGGGUGGCCAGUAUGGCAAGAAUGUGUUGCCCCCUCUCGGCGGGGCUACCGUUUCGGCGUAA